CCUGGCUAUAUUUGUUGGUUACUUCGUAUCAUUUACAUCAAAAGGCAAACCUAUUUUACCAUUUUUCUUUACAGACUAUCCUACCAGAUUGCAUUCCCCUUUUCCAGGUUUCCCUUCAUACCCACGCCACCAUGACAGCAGUGCUGCGCAAACAAAUGACCCCUAUUCCGGAGGAAGGGUCUCGAAACACGUACCGCCUUGGGCUGAAAUACAAAACAAAGGCCGGAUCCCGGGUUCCCCGCGCACCAUUGGUGCCGGGAACGGUGCUCAUCAUUCUCGCAGGGAAGUUCCGGGGAAAGCGCGUGGUGUACCUUAAGACGUUGCUGGACGGGUCGCUUCUCGUGUCGGGACCGUUCAUGAUCAACGGAGUGCCGUUACGACGCGUCAGUGCACGCUACGUGAUUGUUAGUUCGAUGCGAAUCGUGUUCCAGGGGGUGGACGCACUAGGGAAGUUUGACGUGGAGUACUUCAGUCGCGCCAUACGCGAGGGUGCGGAACAGAACCAGGCGGUGAUAGACAGGAACCGCACCGAACGGGUUGGAGAUCAGCGGGCGGUAGAUACGCUCUUGUGGCACGAGAUCAAGAAGGUGCCACUCUUAAAGCAGUAUUUGGCGACGACUUUCUCGUUGAAGCGUGGCGAUCAGCCCCAUAAAAUGAAGUUUUAGAGAGACAUUAAUAGGUAUAUAUCUCCCAUUUGCUUCCUUGCUAAAGUAAACGUCCCAUAUCUCCACACCACUAGAACAUACUGUGAUUUGGUAACAUGCCAAUACAUAUUUAAUAUCGAUAAAGGCACCUUUAUUUAUUUCAAUACAUC